CGGCGUGUACUAGAUCAGUCAAGAGUCUAAUCGGAGCGCUACACUAGCAAUGCGAGUGGCGCACGUGGACCGCAAACUCUCCCGGGGACUUUAAACAUUUUUAAAAGACAUUUGCUGGAUAUACAGUUUCACAUAGUUUAAAGUUAUGUUUCGUUAGUCUUGUGUCUAUUCCGAUCAAGAAACUCUGUCGUAUUUUCAUUAAGAUAUCUGUAAUUUUGAACUCGUGCUAAAUUAAUUUAUAGUGAGAAUGUGAGCGCUGUCAGAGCAAUUUUUUAAGAGUCACUCCACAUCAUUUGAGCUCAUUAUGGUGGACAAAGGUCCCCUUCUGACUUCGGCUAUCAUUUUCUAUCUGUCAAUUGGGGCAGCAAUUUUCCAAGUCAUCGAGGAACCGAACUGGGAGGCCGCAGUAAAGAAUUAUAAAGCAGAAAAGGAGAAGAUACUGAAAAAAUAUCCAUGUCUUAAAAAGGCUGACCUGGACCACAUUCUAGAGGUGGUGUCUGAUGCUGCAGGACAAGGCAUCACCAUCACAGGAGACAAAACCUUCAACAACUGGAAUUGGCCCAAUGCUGUCAUCUUUGCAGCUACAGUUAUUACAACUAUAGGUUAUGGAAAUAUCGCACCUAAAACACGUUCAGGGAGGGUUUUCUGUAUCUUUUAUGGUCUUUUUGGAGUGCCGCUGUGUUUCACAUGGAUCAGUGAACUUGGAAAGUUUUUUGGAGGAAGAGCUAAACACCUUGGGCAAUAUCUUACUAAGAAAGGGGUAACAUUGCGGAAAACACAGUUCACCUGCACAGCUGUCUUUCUGUUAUGGGGUGUGUUGGUGCAUUUAGUGAUUCCUCCAUUUGUAUUCAUGUCUCAAGAGGGCUGGACCUAUAUUGAGGGCUUGUAUUUUUCUUUUGUCACUUUGACAACUAUUGGAUUUGGUGAUCUUGUAGCAGGUGUUGACCCCAAUGCUGACUACCCUACUCUGUAUCGGUACUUUGUAGAGGUGUGGAUUUAUCUUGGUCUGGCAUGGCUGUCUUUGUUUUUCAAUUGGAAGGUACGCAUGGUUGUGGAGGCUCACAAAGCUCUAAAGAAACGCCGUAAAAGGCGCAAACUUUCUCUGGAUGAGUUACAGCGCAUCAAGGCAAGUCACAAGACCCUACAUCUGCCACCAACUCCCAAUGAUGUCAACAUCUUUAGCUUCCUGUCCAAGAAAAAAGAAGAUUACAAUGACUUAAUCAAGCAGAUAGGUGUUGAGAAGGAAGGAGAAGAUCAAUGUGUCAGCUUCAUCUCUGGAAGCAAGAAUAAAGCACCAAACCGCUCAAAGAGCUGCAGUGAUAGUCAUUCCAUUAAUGGAAAUUACAUUAUCAGUCUAGACCGCUCACCUCGACAAAAACGCCACUAUAGCUUCAGUGAUAGAGUUAAUGUAGCUCUCUCAAAAUCCAAGAGUUACCUUCUUAGCCAAGAGGAAUGUCUUCUCAUGAAUGAAAUGCAUGGGGAAGGAGAGACAGACACUGACCUAGACUGUAUAAGAAUGUAUGAGAAUCAGUUGGACAAGGAGGCAGGAGAGAAACACAAAUGUCUAGAACAUGGAGGAUGCAGCGAUGGCCGGAUCACAUGGGACUCCAAAAGUUACCAGACCCUCAUGUUUCCCAAUGCCAACAUUACCUUUAUUGAUGAAGAGAAUUUGCUAAACAACAACCUGGAGAAUGAUGAUAAUGACUUUAUGCCUAAGUUUUCAACUGCUGAUGAGACCGAUUUCAAAGAGGAACAAGGCUCGGAAUCUGAGACCUCCGUAUUCACCACAGAAGGGUCGGACCAUGGCCACUCCUAUGAACAGCUGGUGGAAGAGUAUUCCAAAGAGGACAACACUGACAUUUGAUUCUGUCUCCUUUCUUAAACCUCAAUAAAGUUUUUGUUUCAUGAAAAACCCGAAAUGAUGCUGAAACCUAUAGAAAUAUAAGGUUUUAUA